AUGCUCGUUGCCAAGCUCCUUGCUGCCGUCGCCGUCGUCGGCGUCCACGCAGCGGUCUGUCCGUACAAGGACUACCCGGACGGAUGGAUCAUCGUCGCUGACGGCAACUGCUCGUCGUCGCUCACCACGUGCGCGACCAACAACAAGUGCGAUCGCAGCGCGACCAAGACAUACCCGACCAUCUCGUCCUUCUCGGGCUGGACGGGCGUCGGCAACCUUGCCGACUACACCUACACCACCCUGACGAUGGAGGACUCGGCGUCGCUCACGAUUGCGCGCAUGAGCUUGCCCAACACCGUGAAAACCUUGACUUUCGACAAUGUGACCAAGAUCGACCUCGCCAACACGGCGCUGACGCAGUGGGGCUCAGUCAAAACCUUGAUGGUUCUCAACAGCCCGGUCAACUUUCCCAAUGUCGGCGUCGUCUGGCCGGCCAACCUCGACCUCGUCGUGCUGAGCAACAAUGUGAUGAACAACAUUCCGCAGUACCUUCCGACGACGCUUACGCAACUGGCGAUUCAGAGCAACUACCUCACGGACCUUGUGUACUUGCCCAAGAAUCUUGUGUUUUUGAACAUUGCCGCCAACAAUUUCAAGACCCUUAGCAACGCCGACUUGCGCAGCGUCAAAUAUUUGUACAUGUCCAACAACGAAGACUUGACCAAGAUCAUGAACGUUCAAUUCUCCGAUAUCGCUUUUGUGAGCAUCGUCAACUGCUCCAAGCUCAGUGACAUUUACCUCGAUGCACCCUCGUACAAGGCCCUCAAUAAGCUGCAGCCAUGGAACGGAGACAAGCUCACCGACACGCCGGCGGGGUACACCAUCAACUACGCGGUGGCAACCGACGCCGCUGCGUGCACAGCAUCCGGCGGCUCGAUCAAGAAGCUCUGGGAAAGCACGUCCAAGGUCGCGGUCGAGGCAUGCGUCAUGGGUGGGUCGGCCAAUGUGACAACGACCGAGCCCCCGACGCCCGGCGGCACCAACACGGGCCUCAUCGUCGGUGUUGCUGUCGGCGGCGUCGUCGUCGUCGGCGUGAUCGCCUUUUUCAUCCUUCGCCGCAAGCGCAGCCCGCCCAAGCCGCCCACCGAGUACAUCCACUGCGACACACCAGCUUACGGCAACUACACGAACGGCUCUAGCGUCCCGACCCACGGCACCGGCAACCCCACGAAUGGGACAGGUGGCUACACCAACGGCACGGGCGGCUACACCAACGGCACGGGCGGCUACACCAAUGGCACGGGCGGCUAUACCAACGGCACGAUCGGAACCAACGGCACUGGUGGUCCUUCCAACGGCACCAAUCGGUCGCGCGGCUCUCUCGGAAACCCUGAUGCUGAUAUCAUCCUCGACGUCAAGCCACUCUUGCACCACCUCUGGCUCGGCUCGUACGGCGGCAAGCAGGUCGCGAUCAAGCGCAUGAAGAACCAGGAGGCGCGCAGUGUUCAAAAGUUCAUUGACGAGAUCGUCCUCAUGUCGCACUACCUCGUCAACCAGUCGCCGGCGCAGUUUACCUGGGACCAAAAGUACCAGUGCAUUCUCAGCAUCAUCCGGGGUCUCGUCUACCUCCACACGUACAAGCCGCCGAUCAUCCAUCGCGACCUCAAGUCCCGCAACGUCCUCCUCGACUCGGUCAAGGGUACCAAGCUCACGGAUUUCGGUGCCUCCCGGGUCGCGGAAGAAGACGAUCUCAUGACCAACGGCAUUGGCACGUACCAGUGGAUGGCGCCGGAAGUGAUUUCGGGCACCAACUACGGCGCGCCGGCCGACGUGUACUCGUUUGGGAUCAUCUUGUCCGAGUUUGCGACGCACCAAGUGCCGUACGCGGACCUGCGCCACCCGGACUCGGGCAAGGCGCUGCCGCAGCACUACGUUCUGAAUCACGUCCGCGAAGGCAAAUUGCACCCGACGUUUGACGGCCACGGCGUGCCGGCGUGGGUCAAGGAGAUUGGUCUGCAGUGCGUUUCGCUCUACGAAGAGGACCGUCCGACGGCGUUGCAGUUGUCGGCGAUGCUGAGCCGCUGCAAGCCGUGA